UUCUGGCAACAUGGCGACCUGCUUAUGAGCCACGCUGAUGCUGAAGUUAUCGAAGCCGUCAAAAUAAACAUUGUUUUCUGACACUUAGUAUUAGUUAAAUAGCAAAAAUGUCGGGUCGUCACAAUAACAAAUUACCGACGAACCUCCCGCAGUUGCAAAAUCUGAUCAAGAGGGAUCCGAAGUCCUACACCGAGGAGUUUUUGCAGCAGUAUCGUCAUUAUCAGUCAAAUGUGGAGAUCUUUAAACACCAGCCGGAUAAAGCCAACAAAGACCUGUCCGAGCUGGUCAUGUUUCUGGCUCAGGUUGGACACUGUUAUUUAGAGGAGCUGUCAGAUUUCCCCCAGCAGCUGACGGAUCUGCUUUUAAAUUAUCAUACAGUGCUGGAGUCUGAUCUCAGAAUGACGUUUUGCAAAGCUCUGAUCAUGCUGAGGAACAAAGAUCUGGUCAGUCCCACCAGUCUCCUGGGGCUUUUCUUCGAGCUGCUGCGCUGUCACGACAAACUUCUGAGAAAGACUUUAUAUACCCAUAUUGUGACGGAUAUCAAAAACAUUAACGCAAAGCACAAAAACAACAAAAUGAACACGACUUUGCAGAACUUCAUGUACACCAUGCUGAGGGAUUCAAACCCCAUUGCUGCCAAAAUCUCUCUAGAUGUGAUGGUUGAGCUUUACAGAAGAAACAUCUGGAAUGAUGCUAAAACUGUGAACGUCAUCACCACAGCGUGUUUCUCCAAAGUCACAAAGAUCCUUGUAGCUGGACUGAAGUUCUUCCUGGGAAAAGAUGAAGAUGAAAAGAAAGACGAUGAUUCAGAAUCUGAGGACGAGGGUUCAACAGCCAGAGAUCUAAUGAUGCGAUACUCAACUGGAAAGAAAACCUCCAAGAACAAGAAGAAACUGGAGAAAGCUAUGAAAGUCCUGAAGAAACACAAAAAGAAAAAAAAAGUGGAGGUCUUUAAUUUCUCUGCCAUACACUUGAUCCAUGAUCCACAAGAUUUUUCAGAGAAGCUCCUGAAGCAGCUGGAGAGCUCAAACGAGCGUUUUGAGGUGAAGAUCAUGAUGAUGGAGCUCAUCUCUAGACUUGUGGGAAUUCAUGAGCUUUUCCUCUUUAACUUCUAUCCGUUUGUCCAGCGUUUCCUUCAGCCUCACCAGAGAGAGGUCACAAAAAUUUUGUUGUGUGCCGCCCAGUCAUCCCAUCAGCUUGUCCCGCCUGAGAUCAUUGAGCCAGUCAUCAUGACCAUUGCCAAUAACUUUGUUACAGACAGAAAUUCAGGGGAGGUCAUGACAGUUGGAAUCAACGCCAUAAAGGAAGUGGUUGCCCGUUGUCCUCUUUCUAUGUCAGAAGAUCUGCUUCAGGAUCUCACACAGUACAAAUCCCACAAAGAUAAAAAUGUUGUGAUGUCUGCUAGGGGUCUUAUCCAGCUCUUCAGAGACCUCAAUCCAAAGAUGCUAACCAGAAAAGACAGGGGAAGACCCACAGAAUCCUCUAAAGAGGCGAAAAUCCACAAAUAUGGAGAACUGGAGGCUAAAGACUACAUUCCUGGAGCUGAAGUGCUGGAAGCAGAGAAAGCGGAGGAUGAGGAAGAUGAAGAUGGAUGGGAGAGCGCCAGCAUGAGUGAUGAUGAUGAAGAUGGAGAAUGGGUGAAUGUGCAUCACUCUUCUGAUGAAGACCAGGCAGAAGUGGCUGAGAAAUUACAGAGCAUCCCGGAGGAAGAGCGCAAAGCUAAAGCUGCCAUGGUGAGCACUAGUCGACUCCUUACGCAGGAUGACUUUAAGAAGAUCCGCGUGGCUCAGAUGGCAAAAGAGGUGGGCAAUGCGCCCGGGAAAGGUCAGAAGAGGAAGAACGUAGACAGCGAUGAAGAAGAGAGAGGAGAGUUACUUAGUCUAAGAGAUAUUGAGCGCCUUCACAAGAAACCCAAAUCUGACAAAGAAACACGAUUGGCAACUGCCAUGGCUGGACGGACUGACAGGAAGGAGUUUACCAAAAAGAGAGGUAAACUAAACCCGUAUGCCAGCACCAGUAACAAGGAGAAGAAACGGAAGAAGAACUUCAUGAUGAUGAGACACAGUCAGAAUGUUAGAACUAAAGGCAAACGCUCCUUCAGAGAGAAACAGAUCGCAUUAAGAGAUUCACUCUUGAAGAAGAGAAAGUUCAAGUAGUUCCCACUUUUAAUGGACUGGAACUAAUUUAUGCUUCGUGAUCUGUGUGGACCAUUGUGUAAAGGAAGACAGUGAACAGACUUGGCUGUGUGGGUUUUCUUGUUGCCUUUUAAUAAAAA